UAUAAAAAUGAUGACAAGAAAAAAGUACAACAACAAUUUUCACAUUGAAUCAUCAUCAUCAUCAUCGAAUUUGAUGAGCUUCAUAAACAUGAAUAUUACGGUCAUAAUAAUGAUGAUGAUUAUGAUUAUAUUACAAAUAAUGAUUUCAGGAACAAAAUGUGCAAUCGAUGAAUUUAUAUUAGAUGAAGAAAUUAUACGUAAUAUGGUCAAAACAUUUGGUCGUGAACUGUCAAGUGUUGGUACUGAACAAACAUGUCUAGGUAGGAUUGAAGAAAAUUUUCAACGUUUCAAUCAAGAAGUACAAUGGUUUGAUGGCAAUAAAAUGAUGGACGAUAUGCGUAAUGAUGUUAUGUAUAUGUUUAAUUGGAAAAAACAUUCAGUUGAACGUAUAGCUAAUGAAAGUGAACGUAUUGCAUCGAAUCAUACGUAUGAUAAAAAUAUGGAAAUUGAUUAUUAUAAUGUUAAAGGUGUGGAAAUCAAAGAUAAUAACCAUUAUUUACGAUCAUUGGAUUCUGGUUCACGGCCAAUAAAAUUGACUAGAAACACAAAUUUUGAUAAUGCUUACGUCAAUUUAGAUCAUAGUGCAAUACAUGUUCCGGUGAAUGUUUAUGAUAAAUCACCCGAUGUUGUUAAUGAUAUAAAAUGGUCAGAACAUUUGACACAAUUUUUCAAGAAUAAUCUGGCAUUUGAUCCCAGUUUAUCGUGGCAAUUUUUUGGUUCCGCAAAAGGAUUUCUUCGCUUGUAUCCGGCAACUUCGUGGCGUGAACGUGACAGCUAUUCGGACAAACCAUUGAUUGAUUUCUAUGAUUGUCGUAUGCGUCCAUGGUAUAUAAAAGGUGCAGCAUCACCAAAAGAUAUUGUCAUCCUGUUGGAUACAAGUGGUUCAAUGACUGGUGUACGAAAAAGUAUUGGCCAGAAUGUUGUGGAAUAUAUAUUGGACACCUUAACGGAUGAUGAUUAUGUUGCCGCAUUGAAAUUUUCGAAAACCGUGCAACCAAUACAUUCAUGUUUGGAUACAUUGGUACAGGCGAAUCGUAAAAAUAUCAAAGAAAUCAAACAAGGUCUUUCGGAUGUUAAAACCAAUGAAUUGGUUGAUUUUACUGCUGCCCUAUCGCAAGCAUUUACCAUUCUGCAACGAUUUAAUCGUUCUGGUGAUGGUUCCCAAUGUAAUCAGGCAAUAAUGUUGAUAACGGAUGGUGCACCAGGCACAUAUGAAGAUGUUUUUCGUCAAUUCAAUUGGCCCAACAUACCGGUACGUGUUUUUACCUAUUUGAUCGGUCAAGAUGUUACAUCACAUAGCGAGGUAUAUUGGAUGGCAUGUCAUAAUCGUGGUUAUUAUACACAUGUUAUGAAUCGUGCCGAAGUACAUGAACAAGUACAAAAAUAUAUACCGGUAAUGUCACGGCCAAUUGUUUUGUCUGGUGAACGUGUAUUUAGUUGGACACCAAUCUAUGCGCCGACAUAUGAAACUGAGUUGAAUGAAAACACAUGGAAAAAUAAACAAAAUUAUGAAAAAAUCAAUCGUCUACGUGCACAGGCACGAUAUGCACAUGAAGAAUUGGAUCAAAGUUUAAAUAAUGCAGACACUGAUGAUGAUAAUGACGAUAUCGAUGAAACAAUUGAUAAUACAGAAGAAUCUGAAGAUACAUUAAUGACUAAUAAUGGUAAUCGAAAACGAAAACGUCAUCAUCAAUCAAUCGAUGAUUUAGCAAUCAAUGAAAAUGAUGAUGGAAAUGUUGUAUCGAUACCAUAUAAACAGAUACCAUUUCGUAUACAGCAACAGUAUCAGCAUCAGCACCAGCAGCAGCAGCAGAAUCAAAAAAAUAUGAAGAAAAAAUCCGUAUCACUUUAUACAACAUUAGCAACACCAGUAUUUGAUACAAGAAAUUAUACAAAUAUAACGAAAAGAAUAUUGAUCAAAAAUGUUUAUCAAGAUGCUGAAAUCGAAACAAUACGUAUUGCAAAUCUGCUUGGUGUUGCCGGUGUUGAUAUACCAAUAAAAGAGAUUGAAAAAUUAACACCAUCAUUCAAGCUCGGUGUUAAUGGUUAUUCAUUUAUGAUUACAAAUAAUGGUUAUCUUUUAAAUCAUCCUGAUUUACGUCCAUUGUUUGAUGGUUUCCUGAAGCCAUUCUAUCAUUCGGUGGAUAUGUCUGAAGUUGAAUUGGCCAACAAUACACUUGGUCCAAGAGAACCUGAUCCAUAUAUCGAAUCUAUACGUGGUAAUAUGAUAAAUCGUACACAUGGUUGGAAAAAAGUUGCCGUCAAAGUACAUAUCGAUGAAAUGAAACGUGUUAUAACACGCGUCAAUCAUUAUACACAUGGUAUGAUUGGCCAUACACCAUUUAGUCUUGCCAUUGCAUUGCCCGAACCAUAUGGUUCAUAUAGGUUGACCUCACAGGUUGAUCUACGUAUGAAAUAUCGUGAAGAAAAUUUCACCCAUUAUUUUCGUGGCAAUCAAUGGCGAGUACAUCCUGAAUGGGCGUAUUGCGAUAAUCCACAUCAGAUAACUGGCCAGCCACAGCAAUCAUUUUCAACACCAGAAGAAUCGAUAUUACAAUUCCUGACUAAUGAUUUGGAGAAACAAAAUUUCCGUUGGCGUACAAGUAGUAUACGGCCAAAAGUUUAUGAAACAAUUCUUUGUGAUAAAGAUCUAAUACAAAGUCUGGUAUUGGAUGCCAAUCUCACAGAUAUACCGACCGAACGUUGUAGUUCGAAUCCAAAUUAUCGAGAUCCGCUUACAAUAUUCAUAUCGUUGAUGCCAAGUGAACAAAGAAUCAAAACAUUUGGUAUUGUAUCGACAUUUGUGGCGACACGUAGUGGCCUAACUCGUUUUAAAGAUUAUCGUUCAAAAGAUGAGAUUAAAAUGCUUGAUGAUCUACCAUUUUAUCAUAAACAUGAUAGGUCUGUAUUUUUUUUUUCAUUUAAAGAUAGACUAUUUUAACUUUUUUUUCUCGAAAAAAACACACACAGGGCAAUUGAAGAAACAUAUUACAAACGUACAGUGGAUUUUUAUACCAAUAACAAAGAUGCAUUCGUUUAUUUUGUCGAUUUUGAUGCUGGCGAACAACAUGAACGUCGUGUUGCUGCCACACAUUCACGUUAUGAUUCAAAUUUUUUGGUAACAGCAACACAUGCUUUGUUUAUUGGCAAUCUGAAACAUAGUUCACCAGUGGCCGUGGUUGGCAUUCAAUUUCGUUAUGAUACAUUACAUGAAUUCUUUUUGAAUACGACGAAUAAAUUCAAUGUACCGUGUACACAUUUGGAUGUUGAUUGUUAUCUGAUCGAUAAUAAUGCAUUCAUUGUGUUGAGUAAUCAUAAAACGAAUGAUGUUGGAAAAUUUUUUGGACAAAUUGAUGGUGAUAUUCUUGAAGAAUUGGUCACCAGCGGCAUAUAUCAACGUGUACAUCUUUAUGAUUAUCAAGCAAUUUGUUUGGAUGCUGAAAUCGUGUCUGGACCAUCAUCGAAUCCAUAUCUUUAUUCAAUUUUUGCAUUAGUGGUAAAAAUGUUAAAAUCAUUCAUCACGUGGUUAGGAUUAUUGUACAUGAAUAUUCUUUAUGGAAACGAUGUCUGGUCAAUGGCUGAAAAAACUUAUAAUGUACGACAAGAUAAUUGGAUGGAAAUGGGAUUACCAUUUGGUUCUGAAUACACAAUGAUUACCGAUCUAGAUGAUAAUCAAACAAUAGCACGUCCAUGUGAUAAAGAAUUUGAUCUUUAUGAAAUGAUCAAUUUCUCUACAGAUGGACAGUCCAAAGAUAUUGUUUGUGGUGAAAAUCCUAAAUGUUCAAGAAAUUUUCUCGCCCAUUAUAUACCACAUACAAAUCUUUUGUUGAUUAUAUCGGUAAAUAAUCCAACUUGUAAUUGUCAGAAGAAAAAAUUGUCAAUUGAACCAAUAGAGAUUAAAUAUGAUGAUGAAAAACAAUGUCAAUUGCUGAAAACGGAAAAAUAUCGUCGUCGUCCGGCUGGUUGUUAUAAUUAUCAUCCACAGGAAAAAGAAAUACGACAAUGUGGACGAGCAUAUACAUUAUCAUCAACGACAACAUGGCUAUUAUUAUUAUUACUAUCAUCAUCAUCAUCAUUAUCGUUAAUAUUAUCGAUCGAUUACAAUUAAUUUGCAUAUUUGAUAGUUAAUCGUUUUUUUAUUAUUACUAUUAUGGAUAUAAAACCCUUUUUUUCUAUCGUUAAACAAAACA